AUGUCGGCAGACUUCUGGGCUAGCUAUAUCUCUGGCGGGUUGGGGAUCUUGGUGGGCAAUCGCCUUGAUGUCCUGAAGGUCGCAGCUCAAGCAAGCACCAGCGGUGUUCUUGCAGAAUCGACUCUACAGGUCGACUCUGGCACGCGGCUUCGGAGGUUUACAGCACUGUUCAGAGGAGCCGCUGCUCCCGUCUUGGGCUACGGGGCAUUGAACUCAAUAUUGUUCAUGACAUUCAACCGCUCUCUGAAGUUGAUGGAUCCAAGCAUAUUUGACUACACCAAACUUGCUGGUGUGGACUUUGGCAAAAUUUGGGUGGCAGGCGCUAUCGGAGGGUUCGCGACAUUUGUCGUCUCUGCGCCAUCAGAGCUCAUCAAAUGCAGAGCCCAGCUAAUUGUCGAUGGGCAAGGAUCUUCAUAUGGAGUGUUUAGGGAUAUAUGGAAGCAGGGUGGGCUUCGAGGACUCUACUACGGAGGCACAAUCACUGCUAUUCGAGACGCCGUCGGAUACGGCUGGUAUUUUUGGUCGUACGAGCUAACCAAGCGAUUACUACUUUCGAGACAAGCCGAUCCGUUCAUUUCUCCUACUGCUACGGAAGUUCUGGUCAGCGGGGGCAUUGCCGGAGUCAUCACUUGGGUAUCCAUCUAUCCUCUGGAUAUUAUCAAGACCCGUCUCCAGACACAGCCUUCCCCGACUGCAGAGUGCCAAAGGCUUCUUCCCGGGACCAAUGUGGCCGCCCACCAAGCAAAGACUUCUAUGACCAUCGCUCGAGACAUAUGGCAAACCUCCGGAUUGGGCGGUUUCUAUCGCGGUGUUGGCAUCUGUAGUUUGAGAGCCUUCAUCGUAAAUGCAGUCCAGGUAGGCCACUAUUGUGUCUCGAUUGCCGUGUCCUACUAA